AUGGCAAAGAACGACAUGCAGCGUGGAGGCACAAUCUGCAGGGCCAUUGACUCUAGCGAUGAGGAAGCAUCGAAUCGAGUGUCUGAGACAAUUCAGGAGCAACAAUCCCUUGAGGCCAUCGGGUCAGUGGCAAAGAACGACAUGCAGCGUGGAGGCACAAUCUGCAGGGCCACUGACUCCAGCGAUGAGGAAGCAUCGAAUCGAGUGUCUGAGACGUGA